UCUUCCUUUUCUUUUUCCCUUUCCUUUUCCAUUCCAAUUUUUCAUAUUUAAAAUAUUUUGCUACAUUCAAACGCUCCCCCGUCUCCACGCAAAUCAAAAUUUUCUGCUUUUUCAUUCUCCUUUUCCUGUUGACAAAAUCUUCGUCGAGAUUCGCACAUUCCUUUUAGCUUCUUCCUCCUAAUCAAAGGCGUCAGAGUUCAAUAUCGCUGCCGUCGACGCCGCCAUGGAUGAAAACUCAAAGAUCGUCGAUGGUGGCGUAGCCAAAACCGCCGCUGAAGAAGAAUCAUUAGCAACAAACCCUAAUCCUAUCCCCGAUGUUAUUACUUCCAAUUCUGACUCAUCCGUCGACGAUGGAGGCGCUAAUCCCCUCACGGCCGCCAAUGAUGAGUCGGAAGUUGUUGCGCGCUCUCGACAAUCUUCAAGAACUCCUUUCGCCAAUCUCAGUCAGGCUGAUGCUGACCUCGCGCUUGCUCGUACAUUACAGGAGCAGGAACGGGCAUACAUGAUGCUAAGCAUGAAUGGAGGUGGCACGGGGUUUGGAAGAUGGGAGACUGGAAUUUAUAUUCAUGACGAUGAAGAUGAUGAUUUUGGUGAUUCACAUGAGCAUGAAUCAAUUGAAGAUGAUGAAGAUGAAGAGGAUGGUGAAGAGGAUGAGGAUGAAGAGGAAGAAAAUGAAGACAAUGCUGAAAAUUAUGAGGAUGAGAAUGCUGAUGAAGAUGCGUUUGACGUUCAUGCUCAUGAUGAUUUGGGAGAUAGUGAUACAUAUAAUGUUGAACUUGAUCCGAGUUCAUUUCCUGAUGAUGAGGCCUAUGCGAGGGCUUUACAGGAUGCUGAAGAAAGGGAAAUGGCCGCUAGAUUGUUGGCAAUGGCUGGUAUAACUGAACGAGAAAUAGUUGAUAUGGGGGAUCAUGGAGGUCAUUCCCAGGAUACAUGGGAAGAGGUUGAUCCUGAUGAGCUUUCUUAUGAGGAAUUGAUAGCUUUGGGUGAAAUAGUUGGUACAGAGAGUAGAGGUUUAUCAGCUGAUACGAUUGCAUCGUUACCCUCAACAAAUUAUAAAUCCUUAAAGACCCAAGACUCAGAGACUGAUUCUUGUGUCAUUUGCCGAUUAGAUUUCGAGGAUGGUGAUCCGCUCACCACUCUCCCUUGUAAGCAUGCUUACCAUUCAGAUUGCAUCAAUAAUUGGUUGCAAAUAAACAAGGCGUGUCCUAUUUGCAGCGCAGAGGUUUCAACAUCUGGGAAUAGUUGAUAAAUUUGAUGAUAUUUUGCUGUAUAUUACAUGCUACAUCAAAUUGCAGAUUAAAAGCAAUUGAUUUUGUCUUUCUUUCUAGGGGACCAUAUAGUUUUCCUGUCGUAUUUUUGAUUAUUCCCCAUUUUAAAGGAAUUUCCUUUUCUUUUUUUUUUUUUUGUCAUUUUAGUCGAUUUUUGAGGAGUUUUUUUCUUUGGUAUUUAAACCCAUUUUUGGUGUUUUAAUUUUGUCUGACGUCAGAGUUGAGACUUUAUAUUCACUUGAAUUUUGUCAAUCAAAUUUGUUUCAAAUGUACCUUUAUAAAUUAGUUACUAUUAUUUCUCUAAUGUUUUCUUUUUUUAUUUUAAGGUAAAUU